AUGUCUGCAUCCAUCCAGAAUAGGACUGUAGAGUUCCAUCAAUGUGUCAAUACCUAUGAAAAGAUCAACAGAAAACAGCAACAUCAAAGCAACGCUAGGAUAAAGCCCCAAGCUCAAGACCAACCACACAAAAAAUCGCAUUUCAGUCAACAAGCAAGUGUAAUAGCCAAAGAUAUAUCACACGUUACCGAACUUUUAAGUAAAUUAGCAUUAUUGGCCAAGAGGAAACCCAUGUUUGAUGAUAAACCAAUAGAGAUUGGAGAGUUGACUUAUGUUAUCAAGCAAGAUAUAUUCAAGAUAGAAACUAGUAUUCAGAACCUUCAAAAAUACAUGAAGGGCGAGUCUUCAAUAACCAUAGAUUCUCAAACCAGUCAAUUUAGUAAAAAUGUUCUUACUUUGUUGAAUUCUAAAAUGAAGAAUGUUUCAGGUGAGUUCAAGAAUGUGUUGGAAAUUAGACAAAAGAACGAAAUAAUGAACAAGAAUAGACAAGAAAAUUUCUUAUCGUCGGUGUCGAAUAGUCGAAGAUUGAAUAGCGCGUCACCGUUGAAUGUGGAAAGAAACGAAUCUGCCAAUGAUUCAUUAAGUAACUUGAAUGAGAAUCCGUUUUUGUUGGGCAGCAACACGGCCCAAUCAAACAACAACAACAACAACAGCUACAACAGCUACAACAGCUACAACAAGUUCUCGGAUGCUGACCCCGAAAUUGUGUCACCUUACGACAAUGGCCAAUAUCUCUCACUACCCGACCAACAACAGCAACAGAUGUUGUUGAUGGAGGAACAAAAUUCUGGUCAACAAUAUUUACAACUGAGAAAUAGAGCAGUUGAAAGUAUAGAAAGUACAAUCAAUGAGGUGGGUAACUUGUUCCAGCAAUUGGCUACUAUGGUGAGUGAACAAGGAGAACAGAUUCAAAGGAUUGAUGCAAAUGUUGAAGAUAUAAACUUGAAUAUUAGUGGAGCUCAACGUGAAUUGUUGAAGUACUAUGCACACAUUACGAGCAAUAGAUGGCUAUUUUUGAAAAUCUUUGGAGUGUUGAUAAUAUUCUUCUUCUUGUGGGUGUUGGUGAGUUAA